AAUAAAUCUCGAUUAUAAACGAAAAUCAUAAUUUAAUUAAAAUACAGUGAAAAUGACUGCAAAAGCUGAAACUAAGAGUAUAAAUGAGAAAAAAGUUAUAAAGCGAAAAUUGGAAAUUAAGGAAGAAGUUGACGAUGAAGAACCGGUAAUUUCAAAAGAAAAGAUUAUCAAGCAAUGUCCUUACUUGGAUACUAUCAAUCGUCAUGUCUUAGACUUUGAUUUUGAAAAGUUGUGUUCAGUUUCAUUGACUAGAAUUAAUGUUUAUGCUUGUCUUGUUUGUGGAAAGUAUUUUCAAGGAAGAGGUAAUAAUACUCAUGCCUAUACGCAUUCAGUUGGCGAAUCGCAUCAUGUAUUUCUGAAUCUUUUAAGUCUUCGAUUUUAUUGUUUGCCGGAUAAUUACGAGAUCAUCGAUUCCUCAUUGGAUGAUAUCAAGUAUGUUUUGAAUCCAACGUUUACUAAAAUUGACAUCAACAUCCUCGAUGAAGCAGAAAAGGCAAAAACGUCCAGAACGCUCGAUGGAACUUUAUAUCAUCCAGGAAUCGUUGGACUUAAUAAUAUUAAAGCAAAUGAUUAUUGUAACGUUGUUUUGCAAGCACUUUCACACGUUGGUCCAAUUAGGGAUUAUUUUCUUAAUGAGCUAAGUUAUGCAAAAAUUAAAAGAUCAUCUGGAGAUUCUCCUUUUGCGAUUGUACAGCGAUUUGGUGAAUUAAUGAGGAAGUUAUGGAAUCCUAGAAAUUUUAAGGCUCACGUAUCACCUCAUGAAAUGUUACAAGCUGUCGUAUUGUGGAGCAAUAAGAAAUUCCAAAUUAUUGAGCAAAGUGAUCCAAUUGACUUUCUGACUUGGUUCUUGCAUGAAUUACAUCGACAACUUCGUGGAAAUAAAAACCCAAAUUCAAGCAUCAUAAAUAGAACGUUUUUGGGAGAAAUGAAAAUUUAUUCGAGAAAGAUUCCACCUGUUGAAUGCGACGAUGCACAAAAGGAAGUACUUUUAGCAACCGAAGAGUAUAAAGAAACUAUUGAGACAUCUAAUUUUCUUUAUUUAAAUUGUGACUUACCUCCACCACCAUUGUUUAUUGAUGAAUUUCGUGAGAACAUUAUUCCACAAGUUAAUUUGUAUCAACUACUCGCCAAAUUUAAUGGAGUCACCGAGAAGGAAUAUAAAUCGUACAAAGAUAAUUUCAUGAAACGAUUUGAGAUCACAAUACUGCCUAAGUUUAUCAUUUUGUACAUCAAGCGAUUCACUAAAAAUACUUUUUUCAUUGACAAAAAUCCAACAAUUGUCAACUUUCCUGUCAAAAACGUAGAUUUUGGAGACAUCCUUACACCAGAACAUAAGAAGAAGCAUCCAGAAACGCGAUAUAACUUGAUUGCUAAUAUUGUACAUGAUGGCGAGCCUGGAAAGGGAACUUAUCGAGCUCAUAUUUUACAUAAGGCAACAAAUCAGUGGUUUGAAAUGCAAGAUUUGCAUGUUACUUUAAUUUUGCCACAAAUGAUUACACUUACUGAGGCAUAUAUCCAAAUAUAUGAGCAGCAAGGCUCUUAGAGAUUUGCUAGAUUUAAGGAAUAAAAG